UUGAGUUACCUGCGUGCGUGCAGUGUGUGAUUUACGGUCUCGCCGGUCGCCAACCUGCAACCGUCGUCCGUUGUCGUCGUCGUCGUCGUCGUCCGGGUCCGCGUGGUCCGAGUGUGUGCGCGCGAGCCGUGUGUUCAAAAUUUUCCGUUGAACCUUUUUUUUUUUCGUCUACUCCUCCUCAAGUGCGUGGUUUGCAAGGGACGCGGCCCGAGAGAUCCUCUGUCAACGCGGACACUGCGCGUGUAGUAUAAUAAAUAUUAACAUACACUUACACAUUACGACGAUAUAGUGUCGGGCACGACGUAAGAUAAUAAAUAUUUUUUUUUAAUUUUAUUUUAUCCGAGUUUUGGAUUACACUCAUCACCGUGUCUGAGACGCACGCACUAUCUCCUGGUUCACGCUCACCGGUCAUGUGGAACAAAUCGUCAGGCGUAAAAACGUUUAAUCAACGUGACUGUCAGCUAUCAUAUACAUAUUUUCUGCAGACGUGGUUUAAUGGAUAUCGACGCGAAUAAUUCAGACGGCCCAAGUUGGUGCACGAUGUACCAAAUUGAAUUGUCGCCGUCUCGUUCCGCGAUUACUUACGACAGUCGUUCGCACGUCGGUUCGGACACGCGUGCUUCCGCGUUGAAAAUGUGAUUGGGUGCACGACCUGCAGGUGGAAUACCGUUUGGACCGAAAUUCGAUUUCACAAUAUUAUGGACGUUGCGUCCACCGACUACCUAAAGACUGCACUGUAUUCGGGAGACAACGGCCCGGACACGGGUAACCGAGACAGCCUCCGACUAAUGGAGCUUGGGCUCCACCUGGAGACCCUUCACGACGGAUCGCAUCGGAUCAACACGUCGGUCGAUCAUCUGCUGAACGACCCGUCCCUGUCAGAGAGAAACAACAACGAAUUCACGUUCGCCAACAACAACAAUAACAACAGCAACAACAACAACAACAACAGCUUCGAGACGAUCAUUAGUGGCGACCACGGCUUCGACUUGGACUGCACGCCCAGCUCGUUCAACGACAAGUCGGACAUAGUAGACCAAUGGCGGACGUUAAACACGGACGGUGCCAUCUACACGGUGGAGGUGGUGAACAACUCGGAUGGCGGCGUCGGCGAACCACUGUGGUGCAUGCCCGCGCUAACCGAACACCACCAGGACUCCAACGCGGUGAGCAAUUUCGACGAGACGCUGUUGUCGAUGAACGGAGCCGAAUCCACGGACCCGGUGGGCUCUGGCAGGUACAUCAAACAGGAACCUUUGGGGGAGUACAUCAAACAGGAACCGUUGACGGAGUACAUCAAACGGGAACCGCUGCAGGAGUACAUCAAACAGGAAUCCGUCGAGUAUACGGGCGAUGAGCUUCUCCGGAACGCGUUGCUGGGCAAAACCAAUCAUAACCAUCAUCAGAGGUACGGCGACAAGGACGUCAAGCCAUCGGUGUCGACCGCAUCGGACAGCCAAAACUCGUCGCCGGGACCGCAGUCGAUGCAAGAUGUCGCGUCGUACCCGUCGACGUCCACCGUGGAUAUGCAAGACGUGCUGGCGACGAACAGCACCUGCAGCAACGGCAUCAACGGCAACACGAUCGUCAUGAUCGACGACGAUAUGCCUUCGAUGUCGCUGCUGGUGGCCGGUGACGGGGCCUCCGCGCAGAACGUCGAUGAUCUCCUCUUGCCAGACUUUGACUUCCAAUACAUCGAUGGCCUGGACAGCGACAUGUCUCAGUCGUUCCAGCAGUACUGCCCCACUAGUCAAGGGUUCGUGUCCUUCAUCGCCGCUGAGGUGGCGAACAUAUCGCAAAUCCCGGCCACGGUGGUGCUGGACCACCGGGAACUGGAACAGGUGUCCACGUCUUCUUCAUCGUCACCACCCGUCCGACCGGCUAAGAAGUAUAACCGUCGAUCACACCACGCCAACGGCAAGACGAAACAGUCGGCCGGCGGCGGCACCGGGACGUCUAUCGCCGGUUCUGGUGGCGGUGUGGGUGGCGUCGGCGGCGGACCAGCUUCAGUGUCGGGUGACGACCAGCCAGCCGGGCACCCACCCGCCAAGAAAGAACGGUCGCUGCACCAUUGUCACAUAUGCAGCAAAGGCUUCAAGGACAAGUACUCGGUGAACGUGCACAUACGCACCCACACCGGCGAAAAGCCGUUCAUGUGCACCGUGUGUGGCAAGAGCUUCCGGCAAAAGGCUCACCUUGCCAAGCACCAGCACACGCACACCACGCCCGCCAAACCGGCGCAAUCGCUGUCGUCCGUCACGCAAUCAGUCAAAGGCGGCAGCGGCGGUGGCGGCAGGAGGUCCACGUCUAGAUAGCCCGGACCGCAGCCGAGUAUCACCACUGAGUCACCGUCAUUACCAUCGCCACCACUACACUCACUAUCGAUGCUACCACCAUUUACCACCAAUUAUCAUACCAAUACCAACGUCCAAAACCACCACCACCACCAUUGACCUCUGACCUAUAUCUCCUACGGCAGCCCGGAAACGCGCCGAAAACGAACGAAAAAAAAAACAGGACGCAUUCCUCAUCCGCGUUGUUGUAACUAUUAUACAUCCGUUUCGCGCGCACUGCACGCAAAAUAAUAUUAUUAUUGUUAUUAUUAUAAUAACAACAAUAAUAAUAAUAAUAGUUUUAUUAUUAUUUUUAUUAUACGUAUAUAAAGGCGAUGAUCGUGUGUGUGUGUACCUACACACUACACACUAUAGACACGCGUGCUUUAUUACGACGACUCGGCCAAUCUUUUUCUCCACCCGGAGAAAUCGUUUCUAAUGUGAUGAUUAAUAAGUUAACCUCAUUAAAGAAUAUUAAUGUAAUAAUAAUCGCUUUACGAAUCAAAAUAUUCAAAAGUAUUGUUUUUUUUUUUACGUGUAACUUUUUUUUAUAAUUUUUAAGUUUAUAUACGCCUUGUACAUGUACAUGAUUUAAUAUUUUUCUACGUUACAAUAAGAUUUACAUUUUUUUAAACGAAUAAUUAUAACACACAAAUAUAAAUAUAUAUAUAGCAUAUUACGUAUAUUAUAUCAAUACAUUGAUAGGUUUAUAAAAAUAUUUGAUCUAUAUUUAUAAUAUAAUAUAAUAUUCUCGUGUACUAUUCCGUCCUGAGGCCUGUGAUAGAAAUGAACACAUUGCAGCUAUAAUAAUGUUGCGAAACGAUAUUGAUGUAAUAUUAUUUAGUCACGUUUUUUGUGUAUUAUAAAAUAUAUAUAUUAUAUUAUUAUUAUUAUUAUUAUUAUUUUGUUGUUAUAAAAAUGUUUAGUUUUUAUGUUGUAUUCGUUUUAAUAUGCGUGUUAUAGGUGUUCCUAAAGAUUACCUUGACACCGGACUUUAAUUAAUAAUAUAUCAUGUAUGUAUAUACGAAAGCAAAAUAAAGUUUAAAAUAAAACUAGGUAAUUUAUUCGUGUUACUUAAUUUUUUUAAGAAGUUUAGGCCUAUAAUACUUAAAUUGAAUUAAACAAAUUAGAAACGUAAGUAUUAUUUAGAUAGCCAAAAUGUUUUUUUCUUAUUUUUUUUUUCUUAUUAUUCUUAUUAUUAUUCUUAUUAUUAUAAUUAUUAUUUGUAUUAUUAUUAUUAAUAUUAUUAUUUAAAACACGUAGUAAUAUUUGUACUAAAGUAAUAUUAUUGUUAUUUUUAAUUCCAUACGAUGACGAUGAAGUUUUUCAUAUAUAUUAUUUGAAUACUUGCCAAAUAGCAAUAGGAACAAUUUAAAUUUUAUUAAUAUCUAUUUCUUGUGCCAUACACAAUAAUAAUCAUGACAUUAUAGUAAAUAGUAAAAUGUUCUAAUACAUGACAAUUUUAACUACUACGCAUUUACAGUAAUAUAAAUAAGAACAUCGUUUAAAAUGUACACUUUUCAAUUGGAAAUGUAUAUUUAUAUAUAUUUUCUUUUUAUAACAAAUUUUAACUUUUAUAUUCAUAUAUUAUAAUAUGUAUCUCAAUUUAUUAAUAAAUACUUAUAUACGUCAUUCCUGCAAUAAUUUUGACUGUGAUUUAUAAAAUGAAUUAUCUUUAUGUAUUUUCUCAUUAUAUUUAAAAUAGUAACAUUCCAUUAUUUUAUUUUAUAAUAUAUAACUUUAGAGGAAUUUUUUUAUUAUAUACAUGCGGUUUUAUUUCGAACAAUAAUUAUUAAUGUUAUCGUACAUGUAGGCCAAAUGUAUGUCAUUUUCAUGUAUACCAACUCAGUAUUUUUGUAAGUUUUUUUUUUUGUUCGUAUCUGUUUUGUAAAAUU